AAUUAAUUUCAUGAAACCUGAUUGUAGUAUAUUUGUGGUUUCUGUUCUGUCGCAAUAAAUAACGGAACAACAGUUGCGUUAAACAAACGUCUGUAGAUUCGCUCAGAUGCUUUGACAGCUGUUCUGUGCAGCUUCCCUGAUGAGCAGAAGCUCCUGUCCGAGCAGCCGCAGACUCCUCCGGAAGAACUGGAUGAGCCUGAGUGUCACCGGUGCUCUGUGUGCGGUUCCUUUCAUCCAGAAACCUGAAAAUUUGACCCAUGAAGAUCUGGUGCGGAGAGCAUCAUCUCUUGUCACAGACAGUGCUAAUACUUACCUCUCACAAACUACUUUAGCACUGUUUGAUUCCUUAACAGGUUAUAUUAAGGCUGUAAACAAUCUUGUGAGGCUACACGAGCACUAUGUGGCUUCCAUCAGCCAACUCGCUUCUGCAGACGAGGAUGCAAUCUGGCAGCUCAUUCUUAGUAGGCGUAAGGAGGUAACUGAGAGGAGAAAUGAUUUGAAACGAUUUGAAUCCUGCUGGAUGAUUGCCAUCGAUCUCUCGAAGAUGGCAGCAGAGGCGGCUUUCAGUGCAGGGGCUGACCAAGCUUCUGUGAUAGCACAGAACAAUCUGCAGCUCACACAGUCCCAGGUGGAACAUCUUCGACAGCAGAUGCAGGAAGCUGAGAAACAGCUCGAAGACUCAAAAGCUGAAGAGAGUGAGAGAUUUCAAAAUGCUCGCAGCACUGCAAUGGAGGAUGAAGACGUGCCAGAUGCAUAUUUACGAGAGGACUAGUCACAUCAAGACAGCUUUAAAGUGUCUUAAGCACUCUGAUACACAAACCUAUACUUCUACUGAAGCACAUAAUUAUAUUUCUGUUUGAUUAAUAGGAUAAAUGCUGUGAGAAUUUCUGCAAAUGAAACAUAAGUAUUAAACAGAAAACUAUGAGGGCAGGAAAAGGGAUAAAUACUUUCUAGAUCAAGGGCUUCACAUUUGUUUGUAAUUGAUAUAUGAAAUUACAAUUGAAUGAAACAGAUUUCCAUUUAAACCAGUUUUGCAUUAUUAUAAAAAAAACAGCUGUUUCAUCAGUCUCCUGUUUUACUGUGUUGACAAUAUGUGUGAGUUAUGAUUACAGACAGAUGCUACCUUUGGGAUUUCUUAUUCAUUUUUAAAUAAACAGUGAAAAAAAGUU